GAGCCUGAUGUGGGGCUCGAUCCCAUAACGCUGGGAUCACGCCCUGAGCCGAAGGCAGACGCUUAACCGCUGUGCCACCCAGGCGCCCCAUGACUGGUCUCAGUCUUAAUAUGAUGAGAUCACGUGCUCUGUGAGGCUUUUAGGGACACAUUAGGGCCAUAACUGUGAUGUGGAAACAUUGAUACCAUCAUUCUUGCCAGGUGAUGCCUAAGAGUGGCAGUAGGUCAAUUUUGUGGUAGAAUGGGACCGCUCAGACUUGGGUGACAUUCAUUUGAUUCUGAAUCAUCUUCAUCAUAAUCCACUAACUGAAAAACAGUGAGAAAGUGUUGAAUGAGGAAUGCUGCAUGACAAUAUGAGCUUGUUAUCAUAAUUGUAGAUUACCUGAAUUGGGGAAAUCAGAGACAUUUGGUCAAAUCUCAUGUAAAUCUAAAAUAAUGACUAAUUCUGAUAUAUAUUCAUGAGAGGUACUUUUAUGCCAUCAUGAAAAUUUUUUAUUAAUAUAAGGAAAAGUGUUUCUGGUAUGAUCUGACAUAACGAUCUUGAAGCUUGAGAAAUUAACAAAUUUGUGUAACAUCUAUUUUCUAAAAUAAGUAUUCUAUGCUUGAAAAAAAUGACUAUUUCUCUUAAAGGGAAAACAGUGUAGAGAUUAAUAUUUCUUGAGAAAUUAUUAGGGUAGGUACUGAGCAGGCAGUGUCUUUGUGUAUGCUGUUUUAUUUAACAGAGGAACUUGGCUUAUUUUACCAAUUUCUCAGCAGAUCUGGAGUACUGUGAUAUCCCACAACAUAAAGAAAAUUUUGACCGUAGCAACAGGGUUCUUCCAGAACAUGCAGAUAUUCUGAUUCAUUUGCUUCUUAUAUCAUAAGCUUCUAGCCUACUUGAUUGCUCUGUGAUGCUCCCUUGCUACGUUGAAUCUUAUUAUCUCCUCUUCUUUCAUCUUAAAACAUUUUUUUUUUAAAUUUCACCAGACAUAAUGUGGGUUUGCAGUUUCAGGGAUCAGUGACAUUCAGGGAUGUGGCCGUACCCUUCUCUCGGCAGAGUGGGAGAGUCUGAGUCCUGCUCAGAGGCAUUUGUACAGAGAUGUGAUGUUGGAGAACUAUAGUAACUUGGUCUCACUGGCUGGAUAUUCCUUUUCUAAACCACAUGUGGUUACUUUUUUGGAACAGUGGAAAGAGCCGUGGAUGACAGUGAGGAAAGAUCAAAGAAGACAAUACACAGAUUUUCAGUUGAAGGAUGAGACAGUCAGCACUAAAGAAAUGCCCACUAUUGAGAAAUGUACAUCUUUUGCUCUGCAUCAGAGAAUUCUUAAUAGAGAACAAUCAUGUGAAUGUCAGAAAUAUGGGAAGACUUUUUGUCAAGGCUCAAACCCUGUUCAACACGAGAGAACACAUUCUAAUGAAAAACCCUGCAAAUGUAAAGAAUGUGGGAAGAACUUUAGUAAUGGACAUAAACUCACCGUACGUCAGAGAUUUCAUAUGGGUGAGAAACCUUAUAAAUGUAAGGAAUGUGGGAAGGCCUUUACCACCUUUUCGUACCUUGUUCAACAUCAGAGAAUUCACACAGUUGAGAAACUCUAUGAAUGUGAAGAAUGUGGGAAGGCUUUUAUUAGAGGCUCAGCCUUUGUUAAACAUGGGAGAAUUCAUACUGGUGAAAAACCAUAUGAAUGUAAAGAAUGUGGGAAGAACUUUGGUAGUAGCCAUCAAUUUACUAUACGUCAGAGUAUUCAUACUGGUAAGAAACCAUAUGAAUGUGGGGAAUGUGGAAAAGCUUUUUAUAGUAGCUCAUAUCUUGUUCAACAUUAAAGAAUCCAUAAAGAUAAGAAACCCUAUGAAUGUAAGGAAUGUGGAAAAGCUUUUAUAGUGUAUGGAAAACUUCCUUGGCAUCAGAAUAUUCAUACUGGUGAAAAACCUUUUGUAUGUAAAGAAUGUGGGAAGGCCUUUAGUACCUUCUCAUACCUUGUUCAACAUCAGCGAAUUCACACUGGUGAAAAACCCUAUAAAUGUAAAGAAUGUGGGAAGGCUUUCAGUAGUAGCUCACCCCUGGUUAAACAUCAGAGAAUUCAUACUGGUGAGAAACCCUAUGAAUGCAGGGAAUGUGGGAAGACCUUUACUGUGUAUGGACAACUUACUCGACAUCAGAGUAUUCAUACUGGUGAGAAACCUUUUGAAUGUAAAGAAUGUGGGAAGACCUUUAGACUUAGUUCAUUUCUUAAUGCACAUCAGAGAAUUCAUGCAGGGGUAAAGCCCUACAAAUGCAAGGAAUGUGGGAAGGCCUUUAGUCGUGUCUCAUACCUUGUUCAGCAUAAAAGACUUCAUACAGGUGAGAAACCCUAUGAGUGUAAGGAGUGUGGCAAGGCCUUUAGUACUGGCUCAUACCUUGUUCAACACCAGAGGAUUCAUACUGGUGAGAAACCCUAUGAGUGUAAGGAAUGUGGAAAGGCUUUUAUUAGUUCCCAUCAACUUACUGUACAUCAAAGGGUUCACACGGGUGAGAAACCUUAUGAAUGUAAGGAAUGUGGGAAGGCCUUUAGAGUACAUGUACAUCUUACACAACAUCAGAAAAUUCACAUUGAUAUGAAACCCUAUAAAUGCAAGGAAUGUGGAAAAACUUUUAGUCGUGCCUCAUACCUUGUACAACCUGGAAGAGUUCAUACUGGUGAGAAACCCUAUGAGUGUAAGGAGUGUGGGAAGGCCUUCAGUUCUGUCUCUUACCUAGUUCAACAUCAGAGGAUUCAUACUGGUGAGAAACCUUAUGAAUGUAAGGAAUGUGGAAAGGCCUUUACUGUAUAUGGACAACUUAUUGGACAUCAGAGUGUUCAUACUGGUGAGAAACCCUUUGAAUGUAAGGAAUGUGGCAAGACCUUUAGACUUAAUUCAUUCCUUAGUGAACAUCAGAGCAUACACAGCGGCAAGAAACCCUUUAAAUGUAAAAAAUGCGGGAAGGCCUUUAGAUACAGUUCAGCCCUUAAAGUACAUCAGAGAAACCAUAUGUGUGUAAAACCCUAAGAAUUUAAAGAAUUUGGGAAGUCCAUUAUGUAUGGCUCAAACAUUGUUCAGCAUCAGAGAAUUUAUGCUAAUGAGAAACAUGGAUGUUAAAAAUCUUGGUAGGUCUUUAGAAAAUAUUCUCAGAGAAUUCAUAAUGGAAUUCAAAAAACAUAAGAAAGCCUUUAUUUGUCAUUCUUGUGUUUACAAUAUCUGAAUCCAAAUAUUCUGGAUUGGUGGCUAAUUCAAAAAAGGUAGGAAACAUUAAUACAGCAUUGAGAGCAUUAAAUUUUAUAUGACAUAUUCUAAUAUGGCUGAAUGAACUAGCGAAUAAAAAAACAUUCCAGUUACUCUUAAAUCAUUGCUGAACUUCAGAUAAUCUGUCCUGAUUUUUUAAAAGCAGGUAAUAUAUAUUGGAAAGCCUGCCAUAUCACAGAUGUCAAUUCUCAUCAUUGUCAUGCCACCACCUUCAACCUGUUUGACAUUAGACACCUUUUUAUUUCAAGACAUUGCUUUAAAAUGGUGGUGAUAGAACGUACAUACUUGUAAAAACCUAUGCGCAAUAUUUAUUAUUUCAUUAUUAGCAUUUUUGUUAACUGCUAGUGAAAUUUUGAGAGUAAGACCCUAUAGGAACGGUUAAUUUAGAAAUGCAGUCAUA